AUGCCUCCUUCAACCAGAAAACGGUUUAUCCGUUCGCGGUCACGACUUAAUAGGGAAAGUGGACCUUCGGUUCCAGUCAGAAGCAACGAAACUCGUGAUAUGACUACAGAUCAGGCAACACGACAACCUUCGAAAUAUGCUCAAAACCACUUCACUUAUUCUUGGACGAUCAGAAGUUUUAAUGAACUUGUCACCUUUUAUCCGAACACUAGCUUUGUAUUAAGUGACAGAUUCUGGUCUCCACGUCCACCAUUAACAAAUGAUUCCUCCGUGAAAAACAAACAGAAUGACCACCCGUACUUGUGGAGAAUCAAACUAUAUCCUAAUGGUGUCAAUGAGGCUGCGAAAACUCAUAUUUCUUUAUAUUUGGUAGCUAUACAAACUCCCUAUGAAAAACAAACAAAUAUAACAUGGAGAGAAAAAACUUUUAAAUUGGAAGUGUUUCGUCUUACUUCGGAUCCAACCUCAUCCUCUUCUUCUUCACCAACUCCCCUUUUAAUUCGAAAUGAGACCUUCACUAUGAAAUUUGAAUUUGAUGGAUUGGACGAUUUUGGUCGCCAUCGCUUCUGCUCCUUUGAGAGUUUGUUUCCAAAUAAUGAUAAUACAGCAGAAAUUGAUUUACUUAUAAGAGUGCAAAUUUUCAACGUUUCUUCAGCUAUUGGCUCAACGGAUGAAUCAAUUGAACAUACCGAACCAGAAUUUCCCUCGUUUAAGCAACAUUUGGAUGACGGAAAAUUUAGCGACGUGGAAUUCACUUUUGAUUGUGGUUCAAAAAUUAAAGCUCAUCGUAUAAUUCUGGCUACAAGAUCCACUUAUUUUGAAAAAUUAUUGGGUGACAAAUGGAAAGAAGGCCAAAUGAAGACAAUACCGAUAAAACACAUGGAAUAUACAACCUUUCGUUCUAUACUAUAUUACCUUUAUACAGGCAAGCUGGAAGAAGGAUUGGAGUUUGAUGUAUUAAAAGAUGUUUACUCGAAGGCUGACAUGUUAAAUCUUGAAAGAUUUGGCGAAAUGGUAGCGGAUCGGAUCGCCGACAUGGUCAAUGGGGAUAAUUGGGAUGAAAUAUUGAUGUUGGCUUGGGAGGUUGGCGAUUCUCGUUUAAAAGAAGCCGCUUUGGAAUAUGCAGUCAUGAAAUGGGACGACAUAAGAGAUGGCGAAAAUAUGAAGAGAGUUAUGGGUUGUGGUAACAUGGAUUGGAUCGAAGAAUUAAUGAGAGCAAGAUACAUAAACAUGUCAAUGUUAUAA